GUCGACGAGGAGAAGACUGGAGCCUUGGACAGAGGCGCUGUUUUGCAGGUGCUGCACAACAUCAUAGAUCAGCAGCUCAAGACUGCAAGGGAGGAUGGAGCCAAGACGAAGCAGGACAUUGCCAAGCAGCAGGCGGCGCUGGAGAGACGAUGUCGAGAAGAGCGCUCGAAGGUGGUCGGCGCGCCCCUCGAGGGCGUGACGCCCGAGGCGCUGGAUCGCGCGCUGGCGCUCCGCAUGGGCAGCAGCGCGGGCCCAGUGAUGGCCGGCAUGCUGAUUGGUUAUAUGGAGAUACCAGUGACGUGUCUUACCGUCAUGAAGGCACUCGUCAUGGAGUAUUGGAAGCACAGGGCCGAGAAGGGAAGCGUUCGGCUGAUAUCUGGUGCCUCUGCGUGUGGGUUUCCGCAUUUGCCGUUUGCCAUUUCAAGGAUGACGUGGAGCUCCUGGACGCCAGGGUGGCGCUACUGUUCCACACUGCGGGCAGCAAGGACGGGACGCUGGCGUUGGAGGGGCUCUGCAUCGACAGCAGCACUGACAGCACGGAGGCUCCGGACGCCAGCGCGGAACAAAGGACUUCGUCAAGGGCUACAUGGCUUUCUUCGACAGCGCCCCGCGGGUGA